GUAGAGAGUUGUAAAUUUUUUCACGUGGAAUCACACUCUGUCUAUGAAUUCAUUCUUCAGGUUUACCCAUCAUCUAUUCUAUUGCUGUUCUCAAUUUACUCUUCAUAAAGUUCCAAUCUUUCUCACCCUUCAUUCUCAAAACUUCCCACAAAAUAGUUGCCUGAGAAAAUGUCAGAAUCUGAGGAAGAAAAUUCAGACUUUGCUCCCAGGUCAAAGGCAACGGAGGAACCUGUGUGCACCAUGGAUUUCGAUCUGGACUUAGAAAGUUCAUGGCCUUUGGAUCACAUGUCUUUUGUUUCCAACCCCAUGUCUCCUUUUCUCUUCUCAACUACCUCUGACCAACCUUACUCUCCUCUAUGGGCUUUCUCUGAUGGAGAAGAUGAUAGGCAUGCUAGGCUUGCAGCUUCUGCUUUGUCUGAUUGCCACAAGAUCUUCUCUUGUGAUUCAAAUUCUAUUAUUGAAAAACCUGUGGAGAAUGAUGAUAGCAAAAAACUUUUGCCACCCCCUGUGACACUGCCACCAGUAGAAAAUUUGGAUGGGUAUUGUGUAAUCAAGGAAAGGAUGACACAAGCACUUCGUUACUUCAAAGAGUUGACUGAACUGAAUGUUCUGGCUCAGGUUUGGGCACCUGUGCGGAAUGGUAAUCGCUAUGUGCUUACAACUUCGGGUCAACCCUUUGUUCUUGAUCCACGCAGUAAUGGACUCCAUCAAUACAGAACAGUCUCUCUGAUGUACAUGUUUUCUGUGGAUGGGGAGAAUGAUGAAAAUUUGGGACUCCCUGGUCGGGUUUUUCAGCAGAAAUUACCAGAAUGGACUCCCAAUGUGCUGUAUUAUUCUAGUAAAGAAUAUCCACGUCGAGAUCAUGCUGAACAUUACAAUGUUCGUGGAACCUUGGCUUUGCCUGUGUUUGAACCUUCGUUACAGUCAUGUGUUGGUGUACUGGAGUUGAUAAUGACUUCACCUAAAAUUAACUAUGCUCCUGAGGUUGAUAAAAUCUGCAAAGCCCUUGAGGCAGUAAAUUUGAGGAGUUCGGAAAUUUUGGACCAUCCAUACACUCAGAUUUGUAAUGAAGGCCGCCAGAAUGCAUUAUCAGAGAUCUUGGAGAUAUUGACAGUAGUGUGCGAAACUCAUAAUUUACCUCUGGCCCAAACGUGGGUUCCCUGUAGGCAUCGGAGUGUUUUGGCCCAAGGUGGUGGUCUAAAGAAAAUCUGUUCCAGUUUUGAUGGUAGCUGCAUGGGGAAAGUUUGCAUGUCUACAACUGACAUAGCAUUCUAUAUCAUAGAUGCUCAUUUGUGGGGUUUCCGUGAGGCCUGUGUUGAGCAUCACCUACAACAAGGUCAAGGGGUUGCUGGUAGGGCUUUUUUGUCCCACAGCAUGUGCUACUGUGCAAACAUUACCCAGUUCUGCAAAACUGAUUACCCCUUAGUUCACUAUGCUCUCAUGUUUGGGUUAACAAGCUGUUUUUCAGUCUGUUUACGAAGCUCUCAUACAGGAAAUGAUGAUUAUGUAUUAGAGUUUUUUCUGCCUCCUAGGAUCUCAGACUUUAAUGAACAGAAGACUUUAUUAGGAUCCAUAUUGGCAACAAUGAAACAACAUUUCCAGAGUCUUAAGAUUGCUUCUGGCGUUGAACUUGAGGAUGGUUUAAUUGAAAUUAUUGAAGCAACAAAUGAAAGAGUUCAUUUGAGGCUUGAAUGUAUUCCAAUUGCCCAAUCUGUUAAAUCACCUCCUGGAAUUGAUGCCUCACCAAAUAUAGGGGAGGAAAUGCCACAGGAUCCAUCAGAACAACAAAUAAUGAUGUACUGUAAUAACAUAAAUGACGGAGGGAAUCUUGGGCUUGGUGAUAAUACUGGUGGAAACAUUGAUCAGAUGUCCUCCUUAGAGACUAAAAACAUAAAGAAACCCUUAGAGAGGAAACGUGGAAAAACUGAGAAAUCAAUUAGUCUUGAUGUUCUGCAACGUUAUUUUGCUGGAAGUCUUAAAGAUGCUGCAAAGAGCCUUGGUGUUUGCCCUACCACAAUGAAGCGCAUCUGUAGGCAGCAUGGAAUAUCCCGUUGGCCAUCUCGAAAGAUAAACAAAGUUAACCGAUCCCUGUCCAAGCUCAAGCGUGUUAUUGAAUCUGUCCAAGGUGCUGAAGGAGCAUUUGGUUUGAAUUCUCUGAGCACAAGUCCACUUCCCAUUGCUGUUGGUUCCUUUCCUGAACCUUCUACUCCAAACAAGCUCAGCCAGCCAGCCACAUUAAGCAUUAGACCAUUGGAGCCUCAGAUGGAAGAAAAUGAAUUGAAUGCUUCCAAAGCAUUAGAAACAAACAGACAGGGUGGAAUGGAAGAUCAAUUGCUAGGAGGUAGGAGGACACAGUGUCUAGAGAAAGUUAUUAAUGAUAAAGGUGGCUCUACACGGGAGGUUGGGAAAGAGCUACAAAGGACUAGAACUGGGAGCGGUUCAAGCGAAGAUAGCACCACAAAUCCUACUUCACAUGGUUCAUGCCAAGGCAGUCCCCCAAAUGAAAGUUCACCUGUAAAGGAUAUAUUCAUUACUUCCAUUAGUGAGCAAUGUGCUGUUUUAAGGAAAUCACCAGAGUCAACACUACAGCCAACUACUACGCAGAACCAAUCAAAUACUUAUCCUUUGCCUGACUUGGUGGCAGCAGAACUUCAAGAGCCAUUUGGAGGAAUGCUAAUAGAGGAUGCUGGUAGUUCUAAAGACUUAAGAAACUUGUGUCCUUCAAUAGCUGAGGCCAUUUUGGAGGAUCUGGUUCCAGAAGCAUGUGGGACUAAUCCUCCAGUUUCAGAUUUGUCUCCUAAGCAAAGCGUGGAUACUCCUAAUAAAACAGUAACACCAUUUGCGGCUAGGAAAGAAAUGAAGACUCUUACUAUCAAGGCAACAUAUAGAGAAGAUAUCAUAAGAUUUCGCGUCUCAUUGACCUGUGGCAUUGUGGAACUGAAAGAAGAAGUUGCUAAAAGACUGAAGUUAGAGGUGGGUACAUUUGAUAUAAAGUACCUGGAUGAUGAUCAUGAAUGGGUUUUGAUAGCCUGUGAUGCAGACCUGCAGGAGUGCAUGGAUGUUUCAAGAUCAUCAGGAAGCAACAUAAUCAGGGUUUUGGUGCAUGACAUAACGUCCAAUCUUGGAAGUUCCUGUGAGAGCUCAGGGGAGUGAGAGGUGGCUGUAUAUAGGUUAUGUACUCAGUUAUGUAGGUUCUUGUGGGCUUUAGGACAAUAGGGAAAGAAUAGAUUUUGGUUAUGAUAUGCUCAAAUUGUAAGAAACUUGAGUUAGAUAAAAGGAUUACCACUUGGUUGUAUCUUUGGUAUCACCCAAAAGUAAGUUAUUGAUUCUUCAUGAGAAAAAGCUAGGAUUCUUUGGUGACUCAUAAUGUGGUCAACUUUUAAAAUAAAAUCAUAUUGCCAUUCAAAUUUAUAAUUCUUCAGUUAUGUCUUGAUGAAGGGAAAAAUAUUUUUCUCGCAAACAUAUGAUUUUCUAUUAAAUGCCCAUAUCAAAUCGUGCUUUUAGUGAAGCCAUGGUUUGGCUUAAUGGUUAAAUAUCACUAAGCAUUUUCAUCUUUGGUGGGGUUGGGAUUAUUUUUGACCGCCGAAGAGACCCGAAACCUUAUGAUGUCUCAUUUUAUCUUGCCUCAAUAGUAUCAGUCAGAAUCAUUUU